AUGGCGGAGUCGUCAGAAAAGUACCUGCAACAACAAGAUACAAUGGUUAGUCCGAUUAGUGGAGAGGAUUGCCUCAUCAAUCCAUCAAACCAGCAAGUAAGUGAGGCGGAGGACAAGCAGUUGAAAACAAUCAUAUCUUCAUCGAGUGGUACGUCAGAAGAUCCUAUGCUAGGCUUCCUCACGCUCUUGGCAAAGGUUGAGAGACCUGCUUGUGCCAACUGCGAAUCAAAGGAUUUAUCACCCAUGUUCUUCUGUAACACAUGCAGCCAGGCCAUAUGUGCGGUGUGUAAACAAAACACGCAUAGUGCUAAAAUGUUUUCCCGGCAUGACGUCACUAGUAUUUCACCCUACACGAAAGAGCCUCAACGAAAAUGUCCAGUUCAUCAUGAAAUGUGUAUCAUGUUCUCACCGGCCAACGAGUCGUUGCUAUGUAUCAAUUGCUUUCGUGAUUUACCCCCCGAUAUUCGGGCGCAAUGUCUCGAUCUUGAUACGGCGUAUCAACACAAAUGUGAGCGUCUUCAGCGAGGACUCAAAGCUGUCGGCGAACUUGAAGUAAUCAUCAAGGACGAGGUGUCGGCCUAUCGCGCCCUUCUCAAGGAAUUGCACAUCAAUGCCAUGAGAGAAGAGAGCACCAUUCAUGUUUUUAGCAAGAUAUUGCAAGGAGUUGUAUCUCAAACUGAAGAGAGGCUGAUUGAAUCUGUCAAAAGCGAACUGCAAACCAAGGAAAUGAUUUUUGAAGAGAAGCUGAAGACUUUAGAAUCACUGCAAAGCAACGUACAAGCCUACCUGACUUUGAGUACGGCAUUUAUCAGCUCGGCGUCGAAAUUUGAGCUGUUGAAACUCGCCAAUGGAUUGGUCGAGCGGCUUUCUGAUAUCGGGAACGUCGUUCAGCCAGCAAAAAUUUCACCGGAAAACAGUGUAAUUUCAUCCAACUUCAAAGCUGAAUUCAGUCAAAGCCUGAAAGAAUUAUUACACCAAGACCUUUGGAUGCACAAUCACUUAGCCAGCCUCAAUGAUUUCUCAUCGGUGCCUAAGAAUACAGGAGAGGAAAUGAUUAAACCUCAACAAAAUUGUUGCAGCACCAAUUCAGGUCUUGUGACACACCAACCUGAAAACAAAGUUCCUCUGCCAUUUCUAGGACGAAGUCAAUCAUUGCUUAAUAUUCCAUUAGAUCUUAAUAAACAGUUAAUAACUGCUAUAGAGCCAAAAGCAGUGGCAGUUCAGCAGCAAGCAGUUCUCUCUGUCCAGCCACCAACCUCGGUAGUCCCACAACCUGCUCGAAGAACGAUUGGUAGCCAUGUUCCUACCAAACGAAGUGGAGGUAAACCGGAAGGAAGCAAACCGGACACCAAGUAUCAAUCUUUGCCUCACAGCUCGAAAGAAGAAAUCAAGCCUCAACAUCGCAGGGAAACAUCUUCUACUAUGCCACACCCUGUGCGAUCGAAAAGUGUUGAAAGCAAAUCGGUAAUGGCCCAGCAGCAACCGCAGUACGAUGUCAGUCAACUGGAAUUGUUUGCUGCCAUACAUCAAUCACGUCAAGCCGUCAGCAGCCGGAGCAACAGCAAGAAUCUUACAGUUACAUCAGCACUUGUUGGAGUACGUCAGUCAGACAGGAAUGGCUCAUCCCGGGCAGAACAAAAGAAUGCAAAAGUCGGUUCAACUGUUGCAGAUCCAUUAGAUAAAGUCAUCCCAACAAAUGCCAAAAACCCCUCCGGUCAUGUAUGCGUCGUCCAAGCAUUGGUUCAUCAGGAUGGCGAUGCUGUAAGGAGCUCAACUGCCAACCAGGCUGAAACCAACACAAGAGUACAACAACGCCAAAGAGCCUGGGAACCAAUUUACGAACCUUUGGACGGCCAUACAGGGCGGCCAAUGAAAAAUGAUGCUGACGCUUUAGCUGCAUCUGAAACAAGUAUUGAACUGACAGCUGAUCAAGUGCGACAACUUAUCCGUGCCAUUUCAGCCGCUCAAUCGAAUACAGCUGGAUCGCUGGGGGGUUGUUGGUCAAGUGAAAUUAGCCGGCCAUCAGCUAGCAGCAGUCGGGUUCCAGAACGAGACAACGUGGUAGCCAAGCAACCUUCUACACAUCAACACCGCAAUAUUCAUCGCAACGACAGCUUCGAAGGGCAUGAAGAGGCUGUGAGAAUGCUUGUAGGUGCCAUACAAGAAAUACAGCAACUCUGCACUGACAAGAAACACGACUCAACUUAGUGGAUCUUUUUUUAGAAUACCAGCAUCAAGCGUCUGUUUCCCCGGUUCCAGUUUUAAUCUGAAAUUCAAACAGCGAAAGUUGUAAUGUUAUUACUUGGUUGUUAUGUAUAUCUCUCAUUCCUAUCCUGUGUACUUGCUUGUAAGAGGCUGAAUUGAGCACAGACGCAAAAAGGUAUAAAUAUCACUUUCACAGGGCCUCUUCGACAACAGCCAGAAGUUUGAAUUUCCCGGUUUCUGCUGCGCCAUCUAUUAACAGUUUUGUGCAAAAUAACUUAAGGAUCUCGUUCACUUGAAAAUCUCGUUCAAAAACUCUGAA